AUGGGCUCCUUCUCCACCAUCACCGCAAGCUUCCUCCUCUUCCUGGCGUGUCAGCUCCUGUGGCAAACAGGAGCUAACCCGGUAUAUGGCUCUGUGUCCAACGCAGACCUGAUGGAUUUCAAGAAUUUGCUGGACCAUUUGGAGGACAAGAUGCCUUUGGAAGAUGAAGUCGUGCCCCCACAAGUACUAAGUGAGCAGAAUGAGGAAGCUGGGGCAGCUCUUAGCCCCCUCCCUGAGGUGCCUCCCUGGGCUGGGGAGGUCAACCCAGCCCAGAGAGAUGGGGGUGCCCUUGGGCGGGGCUCCUGGGACUCCUCCGAUAGAUCUGCCCUCCUGAAAAGCAAGCUGAGGGCACUGCUUGCUGCCCCUCGGAGUCUGCGGAGGUCCAGCUGCUUUGGAGGCAGGAUGGACAGGAUUGGAGCUCAGAGUGGACUGGGCUGCAACAGCUUCCGGUACCGAAGAUAA